GCAGGGUUUCUCUGAGCUUUUCAUUUGUUUGCUUUUUAAACUGCUGUAGAUGUACAGCCUCGGGUCCGGAGAAAUGCUUGCAAAGCUGCCACUUCUCCACCUCCUGCUGGGGACAAAGCUGUGGGGAUGAAGCCUUGCUCUCCUACCAAGCCCAAAGAAAAGCUAAUGCUCUUGGAAGUGCCCCCAGUCAACAUUGAGCCAGGCCGGCGACAUUUAAACUGCGAAGAAAUGGAAGAGAUUGGAAAACUCUCAAGAGAGAGGAGACGGCUGGAGAAGAUCAAAGACAGCCCGAUAGAAUGGAAAGAAAAGUGUCGGCUGGUGAGAUCUGGGGAUGCACCCGUUGAUGAACACUGCCUGCCAUCAACUAUAGAGGGUGACAUGGGAGCACUGGUUGACAAGUGUCGCAGAAAUGCCGUUGUUGACUACCUGAAUUGCUCCAAGCUGUGCAAGCAGCGUAACAUUUGUGUCACUGAGAAAGCGCUGCAAAGAGGUAAAGCAAAGAGCAAGGGACGUACUAAUGUGAACGUACUAAGCCUGACGUGCUCAUGCCUCUUCCCAAGACGCAGAAGCAUGAUGCAUGUUCAGGCUGGGGCACUGCUGAUGGAGAAU